AUGGCACCCCUUCAAUAUCAAAAACCUCCUCAGGCCCCUCCUCUCUUUACCCAUACAGAAUCGCAGAUUAUCGAUGAGGCCAAGGAGUUGAUGGAUAAAUAUCGAAAACUCCUCGAUAAUCUGGUGGCUAAUGUUACACCUGAAGAUGCUACAUUCGCAAAUGUUCUCUUGCCCACGGCGCACCAGGAUGAUCUUGAUUCUCUUCAAACCAAUAUUCUUACAUUCUAUCAAGCCGUGUCUGCGGAUUCGAAAUUGCGCGAUGCGGGCUCAAAAGCUGAGGAAAUUAUGGAUGAGGCUCAGAUUGAAAUGGCCAUGAGAGAAGAUGUUUUUAGAUUGGUAGAUGCGGUUUAUAAAAAGGGAGAGACGUUAGAUCCGGAGUCAAAGAGGUUUUUGGAGAAGGAAUAUAAGGGGUAUAUUAAGAAUGGUUUGGGUAUUGAGAAGGGUGAGAAGAGGGAUAGGUUUAAGGAGAUUAGUAAGAGGUUGGCGACGAUUGGGACGAAGUUUCAAAAGAAUUUGAAUGAAGAGGAUGGGGGACUUUGGUUCACGUUGAAGGAAUUGGAUGGGGUUCCUGAGGAUGUUAUUUCCGGGUUGGACAAAGGAAAUGGAGAAAAUGAGGGAAAGUUGAAGUUGUCGUUCAAAUAUCCGGAUUUGUUUCCAACGCUUAAGUUUGCAAAGGAUGCGGAGACGAGGAAGCAAGUCUUUAUUCAAAAUGAGAAUAAGUGUCAGGAGAAUGUAGGAUUGUUCAAGGAAGCUAUUGUUUUGAGGGAUGAAGCUGCGAGAUUGUUGGGUUAUCCUGAUCAUGCGAGUUUUAGGAUUGAGGAUAAGAUGGCUAAGACUCCAGCUACGGUUAAUGAGUUCUUGCAUGAUUUGAAGAUUCAACUUGCUCCAGGUGGUGUCAAGGAAAUUGAACAUUUGAAGGCGAUCAAGAAACAAGAUUUGGAUGCUAGAGGAUUGGGAUCGACUAAUGAUGAUAAUUAUUAUCUUUGGGAUAAUCGAUUUUAUGAUCGUUUGAUGGUUGAGAAUGAAUUCUCCAUCGACGAGAAUAAGAUUGCGGAAUACUUCCCUCUUCAAUCGACUAUCGAAGGAAUGCUCAAGAUCUUUGAAGAGUUAUUCGGAUUUGUAUUCGUUGAUAUUAGUAGUGAGGAAGAAUUGGCCAAGGUUUCAUCAUCUGGAAAGGGUUCAGAUGUUUUACCUCAUCCAGACUUUAAGCUCUUUAGUGUUUGGGAUGAUGAAGGUGAAGGUAGUGGAUUUGUUGGAUACCUUUACUUGGAUUUACAUCCACGUCCUGGAAAAUAUGGCCACGCUGCAAACUUUAACCUUCAACCCGGUUUCUCCUAUCCAAAUGGUACCAGAAGAUACCCAGCUACAGCACUCGUCUGCAAUUUCUCCAAACCAACUGAUAAGAAACCAUCACUCUUGAAACAUGAAGAGGUUGUUACUCUCUUUCAUGAAUUAGGUCAUGGUAUCCAUGAUUUAGCUGGUCGUACUCGAUAUUCACGUUUCCAUGGUACGAAUACCGUACGCGAUUUCGUCGAAGCUCCCAGUCAAAUGUUAGAAAAUUGGUGUUGGACUCCCAGUCAAUUGAAAAACCUGAGUAAACAUUAUCUCACGGGUGAAUCCAUCCCCGAUGAUUUGAUCGAGAAGCAAAUCAGCACCAAACAUGUCAACGCCGCCCUCUUCAAUCUUCGCCAACUCCACUUUGGCAUCUUCGACAUGACAGUCCACACUCCCAAAUCGCACACUGAAGCCCAAGCCUUCCAACUCAGCGAACUGUACAACGAACUCCGCACGCAAAUCUGCGGUCUCAAGGGUCCUGAAGCGCUCGGUGCACAGAGUAACUGGGGCAGUGGUCAGGCUACUUUUGGUCAUCUCAUUGGUGGCUAUGAUGCGGGUUAUUAUGGGUAUCUCUCGAGUCAGGUGUAUAGUACCGAUAUGUUCUAUACGGUUUUUAAAGAGAAUCCGAUGGAUGGGGUGAAGGGGAGGAGGUAUAGACAUGAGGUGUUGGAGAAGGGGGGGAGUGUGGAUGAGAUGGAUGUGUUGGUGAGGUUUUUGGGGAGGAGACCGAGUACUGAAGCGUUUUAUAGGGAGUUGGGGUUGCAGGGGAGGAAGGGGUGA